UUCAGAAUCUUCUAAUCCUUUUUCAUAGUUUUUUUCAUUCAAACAACAGAGAAAAAAGAGAAUCGAACUUAAUAUUUUGGGUGCAGAAGUAAGCGCUUUUAAUCAUAUUUUUAGCUGAGAGACAUCUUCAAUUCCCUUAUAUAAUCUUCAACUCCCCUCAAACUUCCAGGCCAAAAGUUUCAUCUCAACUCUAUAUACCUCCCUCUCUCCCUAGACAACAUGGGCAACUACAUUUCUUGCAGCCUAGCAACCCCAAUAUUGAGCAAGCAUGGGAAAUCUACAGCCACCAAAGUGAUCAUCCCAAGCGGCGAAAUCAAACAAUUCCAUGUCCCCAUAAAAGCCGCCGAGCUCAUGCUCGACACCCCAAACUUCUUCCUCGUAAACACCAAGUCUCUUCGUGUCGGAAGAAGAUUUUCACCUCUCAAUGCCGACGAAGACUUAGAUAUCGGUGACGUAUACGUCAUGUUCCCCAUGAUAAGGCUCAACUCCACCGUCACAACGGCUGAUAUGGGGCUACUGUUCCUCAAGGCCACCGCGGCCAGCUCCGCAAGCAAGCGGGCUUCCGGGAGAAACGUGAAGGUGAGGCCGGCUGAUGAUCCCCAUCAGGCCACGAAAUUUGCUCAUGAUGACGGCGAUGAGGGCAAGAUGAUUGAGAGUUGGAGGGAAAGUUCGGAUAAUGAGGCGGCGAUGCCGAAGUUGAAUUUGGAUGAUAUAGAAGAUUUCUCGGCGCCGGAAUUCAUGCACAGAUUGUCUAUGAGUAGGUCAAAGAAGCCAUUGCUGGAGACCAUAGCAGAAGAGCCUGCAGUUUCUGUUUCUUCAAAGUGAUUAUUAUUCAUGGCAUGCACAGUAGGGUUAUUUAUGGAAUUUUAGCCAAAGGGAGAUUUGUAGGAAAGUGGGGUGGUGGAAGUUUUUGUUCAUAGUGACCAGUAUACGGGGUGAUACACCAUGUGUCAUUAUACAAAUUGUGGAAUGUAUGCUAAAAUGU